UGAAUGGACUAUGUGAGCUGUCGUGUGACGCUUUACAUUUACGUUUUCAGUUAACAGGCAACUAGCCUACCGUGUUCUCUCCUUUAAUCUUCAAAAUCUUGACUUUCAGUUACAUUACAGCCCUUUUUAUUAUUCUAUUUUUGUGUCUGAAAACUGAACUAAGGCAUUACACAAACCCUGGUCGUUUUAUCUCGUAAAUGGCCCACUAUUAGUGUUGUUUGAGUAAAGCGCAUUAAUUCUUAUGAACAAGAAACAGAACAUCUGAAAUCUAUGCUGUUCUCAAGAUGGCAUCUAUUAAAGAGGAGAUUGAAGACGUGAGCAUUUCAGAAACAUUUAGAGUGAAAAAUGAAGAUGCAGAGGAUGACACAGACCUGGUGGUGAUGAAAGUGGAAAGUCAAGAAUUGUAUGAAACGGAGGAGGAAGAUCCAUACGGUAAACAGCACGGAGAAAAAAAUUGCUUGCAGACUGAAAAGGAGCCCUCUCAAAACAAAUCUCGAAAGAAAAGUUUUAAAAACUGUUACAUCUGCCCUCAAUGUGGCAGGAAUUUCACUUAUGAAAAAAGCCUUAAAAAACAUGAGUUAAUGCACAAUGUACAGAGCCCUUUCACCUGCCAACAGUGUGGGAACAUUUUCACUACGAAUGGAAGCCUUAAAAACCACAUGAGAAUUCACACUGGAGAGAAGCCUUUCACAUGUAAUCAGUGUGGAAAGAGUUACACAAGAAGCAAGACCUUAAAGGAUCACAUGAGGAUUCACACUGGAGAAAGGCCUUUUAAGUGUGAUCAGUGUGGAAAGAGUUACAUACGAAGCAAAACCUUAAAGGAUCACAUGAGGAUUCACACUGGAGAAAGGCCUUUUAAGUGCGAUCAGUGUGGAAAAAGUUUCAUACAUAAAGUAACCCUUAAUUUACACAAGAAAAUUCACUUAAGAGAGAGCCAUUUUAUUUGCCAUCAGUGUGGAAAAAGUUUCAAAGACAUAGAACGCCUUAACAGGCAUGUGAUAAUUCACUCUGGAGAGAAGCCCUUCAAGUGCCAGCAAUGUGGAAAGGGGUUCCAAAUAAAAAACAAUCUAAAGGCACAUAUGAAAUGUCACAUCGAGGAAAAGCCUUUCAAGUGCCAUCAGUGUGGAAAGUGUCUAAAACACGAAACAUCCCUUAAUUACCACAUGAGACUUCACACUGGAGAAAGGCCUUUCACCUGUCUUCAGUGUGGAAAGAGUUUCAUUCUUGAAGGACAACUUAGUCGUCACAUAAGAUACAUUCACACUGAGGAGAAGCCUUUCGUGUGCCAUUACUGUGGAAGGAUUUGUGAAAGCAAAUCAAACCUUAAGAUUCACAUACAAGUUCACACAGGAGAAAAGCCUUUCUCUUGCCCUCAGUGUGGAAAGAGUUUCAUACAUAAAGGUCUCCUUAAUUAUCACAUGAGGCUGCACACUGGAGAAAAGCCCUUCAGCUGCCAUCAUUGUGGAAUGAGUUUCAGAUAUAAAGGACUUCUUAAUGGUCACAUGAGAAGUGUUCACACCAAUGAGAAGCCUUUUACGUGCCAUCACUGUGGAAGGAUUUGCGAAAGCAAAUCUAAACUUCAGAUUCACAUGCGAAUUCACACUGGAGAAAAGCCGUUCUCCUGUCCUUGUGGUAAAAGUUUCGCACUUAAAGGAAACCUCACUGCUCACAUGAGGCUUCACACUGGAGACCGGCCUUACAUGUGUGUUCAGUGUGAGAAGAGUUUUGCCUAUCUAAGACAGUUGAAAAGUCAUUUGCAAACUCAUUUUGGAGAGAAAUCCCAGUGUUCUGAAUGUGGCAAGAAGUUUGCAAAAACAAGCAAUUUCAAAAAUCAUCUGCGCAUUCACUCUGGACUAAGGCCAUUUAAUUGUGAUCAAUGUAAUAAAACAUUUAUUUUGCAAUCACACUUAGAGAUACACCUGAAAAGUCAUGCAGACAAGAGACCCUAUUUGUGUUCUUUGUGUAAAAAGAAAUUUAAAUGGCUGUGCAAUUUAAGAUCGCACAAGAGAUUUCAUAUCCAUAAACCUAUUUCCAAAGCCACCUACUUGAAACGAAAACAACAAAUCCAUGCUGAAGAAAAACCUGACACUAUAAAAGUGGUGGUCACGUGAUGGCACCUUAAUUGUGUUAAAGUCGCUGCCCUUGAUCAGUUUUAAGUCAUGUUUUGGAGCUACAAAGUGUCAUGGCUGGACAUUUCUGAUACUGUUGUGGGGUUAUGAGUGGGGAUGGAGGAGAUACUGUAUCACCAGGUUUUUUUUUUCCUUUUAUUUUUUUAUUUUUUUAUUUAUUUUUUUUGCAGUUGUACUUGUUUGUAUGGGCAAAACAUUAAUCCACUUGAAAAUAUAGACCCUUUAUACACAGUACAGACCAAAAGUUUGGACACACCUUCUCAUUCAAAGAGUUUUCUUUAUUUUCAUGACUAUGAAAAUUGUAGAUUCACACUGAAGGCAUCAAAACUAUGAAU